AUGGCAAGACAAGUUAUAUUUUUUAUUUGUGUCGUCUUGGCGAUAGCGGGGCUCGUUCACGCUAGCGAUCCCGACAUACUCUUCGACUACAUUGUUCCACCUAACGUGACCGUAUUAGACAGGAAUUUCUUCACUUACACCAAAAUUCAAGGGUUUUUCGUCGGGUCAAAUUUAACCGACCCUAAAUCUAUGCUAGCCAGCAUGGCCGAAUUCCCGGCUUUAAACGGUCAAAGUGUUUCUCUUUCCUUUUUACGCUUAGGCCCGGGUGGUGUGAGUGCACCCCACACACGACCCCACGCAACGGGCCUGUUUUUCGUGUUGAGUGGUCGAUUUGGGGUCGGUUUUGUGGACUCGACUAACAAGCUUUACACUCAAACCCUAGAAACCGGAGAUAUGUUUAUUUUUCCAAAGGGGCUUGUUCAUUACCAGUAUAACCCUGAUGACAAGGAACCCGCGGUGGCUGUGGCUGCAUUCGGUAGUGCAAGUGCCUCUUCGGUUUCGAUCCCGGGAUCUUUGUUUGAUACAAAUAUUGAAGAUGUGGUUCUUGCUAAGUCUUUUAAAACAGAUGUAACUACAAUUCGGAAGCUCAAGGCUGGUCUUGGAAACAAAAUUUAAGCCGGAAGAUUUGCAUGGACCUACUUGCAUUCUUUACUUUGUUCAACUUCUAGAAAUUUAUAUUUUCAUGAUCAUUUGUCUUAAUUCAUUGGUUAUAGUUUGUUGUUGUAACAAAAGUCGACUGUUUGCAUAUUAAUACAAAUUUUAUUUUAUUAAA